GCUGGCUGUGGACUGCUCGAUAACCACUUCCGCUUUUUUUCCACGCAGGUCAACAUUUGCGUUUACCUAGAAAGACAGUAAAGACAUUGUAGAAAGGUUUUUGUUGGUUAAAACUCACGUUUAGGAGAUCGACAGGUUGAGAUAUUUAUGGAGCAUAAUAAUGGAGAUACUUCUAGCUGGUCGAUGCAGCGACGAAUGGAAGGUUUGGUCAACAAACACAUGGCAGACAUAGCACUAGAAACGCUCCAACAGAGACUAUCAGCUGUGUCCGACGAAAUGAACCAUCUUGCGGAACAUGUCUCGAGACGCUCGGAGGAUGUUCCCAAGUAUGAUAUUCCAAGACGCACAGAUGUAAACUUUGACGUUGAGUCACUGAGUGCAACAUUUAGCACGGGUGGUGUUGGGGAAAAGUUGGCGAUCCCCGGCACCUCAUCAUCAGCAGAGACGGCUGCCCAGCGUAAAAUCAUCUCCCUGCUGGUGGAGAUUAAGGAGGAGCAGCAGAGACAGUGGGGCGUUUUGAGGCAGAUGCAGGCCAGGGUUCAGGGCCAGAGCUUUCCGGUGGUAGAGGAAGAGGUGGAGGCUCUAGACAUUGACAUCCCACUGAGGACCAUGGAGCAGCUAGAUGACACAGAGAGGCACCUGGAGGAUGCAGGAGCACAGAAGAGAAUGGUGUCUCACCUGUCACGAAUGGGUGGGGCCACGUUUGAUGAUGCGGUGCGAAGGCUCAUGCAGGCAGUGCUAUCUUUUGCUGUGGGCUCUGAGCUCAACUGGGUGGGCCGAGGCCAGAAAAGGAGCUUCAGAAACACCCGCCUCCAAGGGGUUCUCUUCUGUGCUCUGAAAAGAACCCCAGUGGGCAAAGAGGCCACACAUCACCAGUUUGCAGACGUGGUGAAGAAGUGGCUGCGGUUCGCCCCAUUCAGACAGGGAGGGAGUGGUCGACGGCAUUAUAAACCACCUGUUGACUUCCUGUGUCCAAAGGAAUGUGUAGAUCUGCCUACACAUCAGCCUACACAUCCACAGUAACUCACAAUCAGCUUAUUACAUAUAUUAUAUUGUUUAACAUUUUAGUAUUUUUUUCCUAAGUUUGUUACAUUGCAAAAAAUAAAUGCUAUUUGAAUGUGAAUACAUGUGGUUUGGCCCAUGUUACUUCAUACAGGGCCAAACCUGUGAUCUGCUCAAGUAACUUGGACCCCUGCAUAAAUCAUGCAACGAUGUAAAUCACGUGCCAAACUCAUUCCACGGAGGGUAGAGUGUCUGCGUGUUUUCACUCCUCCCUUGUACUUGAUUGAUGAAUUAAGGUCACUAAUUAGUAAAUAACUUCAGUCACCUGGUUUUCUAGGUAUUAAUUGAAAAUAAAUCAUAAAAACCU